AUGAAGAGGAGGAAGAAGGAUUGUGAGGAGGAGGAGGAGGAGGAGGAGGAGGAGGAGGAGGAGGAGGAGGAGGAGGAGGAGGAGGAGGAGGAGGAGGAGGAGGAGGAGGAGGAGGAGGAGGAGGAGGAGGAUGAGGAUGAGGAAGAGGAGGAGGAAGAGGAGGAAGAGGAGGAGGAAGAGGAGGAAGAGAGUGAGGAGGAAGGAAAGAGAGCGAGAAGGAUGACUCGUGGCAUGCUUGAAAACAGCUGGGAGGGGAGGAGAGAGGACGAGGAGAAGGAGGAGGAGGAAGAAGAGGAAGAAGAAGAGGAAGAAGAGAAAGAAGAGGAAGAAGAGGAAGAGGAGGAAGAGGAGGGAGAGGAAGGGAGUGAGGGGGAGGAGAGCAGUGGGGAGGAGGAAGAUGCAGGCAGCGUUGGUGGGAAGAAGGUGGGUGAUGUGAAGAAGCUGGGUGAUGGGCGUGGGACUGGGAAGGUGAAAGCGGUUGGAGGGAGACACAAAGAGACACUCCAGUCGCGUCGGGGAAAGCAGCAGCAGCCAAGAAAGAAGGAGAAAGAGGGAAGAGGAGGAGUAGAAGAGGGGCAGGAGAAGGCAGGAGGGAAAAAGGAGAAGGCAGGAGGGAAAGAGAAGGAGAAGGCAGGAGGGAAAGAGAAGGAGAAGGCAGGAGGGAAAAAGAAGGAGAAGGCAGGAGGGAAAGAGGAGGAGGCAGGGAGGUAUGGGAAGGCCUAUUCCCGAACGAGAAGGAGAGACACCGUUUAA